AUGCCGGGCCCGAGCCGCAAGUCAAGCGUUUCCAGGAGGCGCGUCAUCAUCGACGAUGACGAGGAGGAUGCCCUUGGUGCAGACUGGGAACCGGAGUCGGCCUCAGCGGCUACAGCGCAAGCACGAGAAACGACGCCACGCAAACGGGCAAGGCAGAGCGCAGUUGAAGAAGCUGAAGCGCGCUCCACUGGGCUCGAGCAAAGCCCUCAGCGAUCGUUAGUCAACGUGGACGAGCACCUUGUCACGCCACCCAGAGUGACGCAAGCCCGAGCGGGAGCACCUCGGGGCUCUUCACCAGGUGAGAACGUCGCGGAAGCUGAGACACCAACACCCAGUCGAGAGAGCAUACGACAGCGCGUCUGGGAGCACGUUCAACAGGUCAUGUCGCCUCCGUUACGUGGGAAGAAGGCCCCGCCACCUCGUGGAAGCCCCGACUGUCUUUCGGGCUUGAACUUUUGCAUCACAGGCGUAAUGGACUCUUUGACGCGCGAGGAGAUGGAGGAUCUCAUUCGUGCCAACGGUGGUCAUGUUUGCAAGAGCGUCACGCGCAACCUGAACUAUCUUGUUGCCGGGGCGGAUCCAGGACCCAAGAAGAUGCAGCUCGCUGCAAGCAGGCCCAGCAUCACGGUUCUUGAUGAGGAUGGUGUUUUUGCGCUGAUUCGAGAGCGCUCGAGAGACACCAAGCCGCCUGUGAACCCUCAGUUGGAGCAGGCACUGGCUCCGCCACCAAAAGGUCGACGGCCGUCGCCACCGCGUCCCCGCUCUGAUGCCGCUGUGCCGAGACAGGAGACCAAGGAGAAUGUGCCCGCGCGAAUGAAUGCCCAAGCAGAGCUGUGGACAGUGAAGUAUCAUCCGCGGCAGGCGACAGAGCUCCUAGCGAAUCCGGGUGUACUCAAGCAACUCGAGGAUUGGUUACGUACCUGGAGCCAGGUCUAUGGCGCAGCUGAUCAUACCAGCAACCGAUCGAGUUCAGCGAAUGGUUCAAGAGGCCGCAUUACGAACGGGAACAACAAACUUCCGCGGGCAGCGCUGCUUGCAGGUCCGCCUGGAAUCGGAAAGACGAGUGCAGCUCAUGCUGUUGCUCGGCAAUGUGGCUACGAACCUAUCGAGUUCAAUGCGAGUGAUACACGGAACCGUUCUUCGCUCCAUGAAACCGUAGCCGAGUUGCUGCGCUCGCGAACGAUGCAUGCCUUUGGUCAGGGGCGCCCACACUUGGAGUUAGCCGGCACCAGCAAGGGUCUUUGGAGAAACAAAUUACCCGCUCCGCAGGGCCAGGUACUCAUCAUGGAUGAAAUCGACGGCAUGUCAUCGGGUGAUCGCGGGGGUCUCGCGGAACUCUCGCGACUCAUUAGAAAGUCGCGAGUACCCAUUAUCUGCAUCUGCAACGACGAUUCGAGUCCGAAUUUACGAACGCUCAAAUAUUCAACGCUUUACCUGCGCUUCCGCCGCCCGAUGUGGAGCCAGAUUAGGAAACGUCUGCAGGAGAUCGCCCAGAAAGAGGGUCUGCGCGUUGACGAUGCCGCCUUGGAGAAGCUUGCUGAAGCGUGCCACGGGGACAUUCGUCAAAUGAUUACCAUGAUGCAGCUCUACAGCGGAAGCAGUUCAGAACGCCUCAGUUACAUGGAUGUGAAGCAGUUGAACGAAUUCCUGGGCAAGACUUUUGAGGAUCAGUCUGUUUUCCAGUUGUUCGGUCUGUUCUUCCACAGCCCGGGAUGGCACCUCCCAGGACAGACGCCGCACGUGGACCCGCGCGUCGACCAUGGAGCACUCGAGUCAUCGGCACAACUACCGGGUUUGAGCGACCUGUUUGAAACUUUUUUCAUGGACGCGGAUCUCCUUCCGCUUAUGGUUCAGGAGAAUUAUCUGCUCUUCACCAAUGGAAAGCGGAAUCCCACACAUGCACCGUACGCUCUGCGCUGCAUGGCUGAUGCCGCGGACGCGAUUUCCUGGGGAGACCUCACCAACGAUCAGAUUCGUCGACAGAAUCGCUGGGACCUCAGCAACGUGCUGGCCUUUUUAUCGUGCAUCCUGCCGGGUCACGCCAUGGCCGGAUCCCAGAUGAGCGGACGACCUAAUUUCCCAUCCUGGCUGGGCAAGAACAGCACAACAGGGAAAAUGCAGCGUAUGCUGAGCGACUGGGUGUUACGAUUUCAGGCUGCACGUGGUCCAGGGGGCGCUCUUGGCGGCGCUGUCGACAGGCGUGCCCUGGUGCUCGACUAUCGGCCGAUGUUACCGUACCGGCUCGUCGUGCCUCUUGUACUGCAGGGUAACGAUGCGCUUCCAGGCGUCAUGGAUACGAUGGAUGUGUACUCGUUGACCCUGGAACACUGGCGUUCGCUUCUGGAUGAAUUAUGGCUUAGACCAAGUGUUGAGGUGCCCGCUAGUAUCAAGGCUGCGCUGACGAGAGCGUACCAGCAGCACGAGCACCCCGUUCAUCUGGUGCCGCUUGGGCGCCGCGGUGUUCCCGAGCGCCCCCAGGACAACGAAAACGAAAGCGUCGGCGACGGCAACGCAGGUCUACUCGAUGCGGAUGGUGCUGUCGUCAUUGAUGACACCCGUGGAGCAGCUGCACCAGACACCGGCACCGAAUCGGAAACGGAUACAGCGGCGGAUGCGCUCAUCGUUCAGCCGCGAACGACGGGAAAAAAGAAACCUGCAGCCCGUAGAGGCUCGCGUAAAGCCUCCAGAAAACUCUUGGCCUAA